AAGUAGUCUACACGCGCUGUCUUUAAUCCACAUUCACGAGCUGCACUGAGGUGCCCGGCAUGUCGUCUGCUGUACUGUAUUCUCUAUGGUUAUGGAUGAAGUGCGGCCACGUUCUUUAAAAACAUUUGGAUAAAUUAUGCAUGAAUUCAUGGCAGCAGAGAGCAUUUUGACGACCAUGAAUCAGAGUGUGAAAGAGCCUUGCGAAAUACCAUUUGAGGAGGACCGCAUUCCUUUAAUGGUGCUGUACAUUGUGGUUUUUGUCAUCGGUCUACCAGCCAACACAGCCACCGUAUACCUCACCCUCCACCAGGUCUGUCGCAAGAACGUACUCGGCAUCUACCUUCUAUGCCUGUCCUUGUGCGAUCUCACCUACCUUUUCACGCUUCCUGUUUGGGCUGUGUAUGUCAACAGAGACCAUGUGUGGCCCUGGUCCUCUAUGGCUUGUAAAGUUACUGGCUUUGUCUUCUUCACCAACAUGUACAUCAGCAUUUUUCUGCUCUGCUGCGUGUCCAUCGACCGCUAUGUGGCGGUGGUCUAUGCCAUUGAAUCUCGGGGUCUUCGCCAGAAAAAGAUAGCCGCUCUUGUAGCUUUUUCCAUCUACAUGGUGGUGGGCUUGGGCCACAUGCCAGUCUUUAUUAUGCAGGAGGGGAAUGCUUCAGAGGGCAGUCACCGCUGCUUUGAGCCCGGCCACAGCACGGCAACAGUUACAGGAUUCAACUACGCUCGCUUUUGCAUUGGCUUUUGUGCCCCUCUAGCCAUCCUGAUCUUCACCAACAGGGCCAUUUUUGCCAAUGUGCAGGCAAGCACGGGACUCCAACCGCACCAGAAGGAUAAAGUUCGCUACCUUGCUGUGGCAGUGGUGGCGCUGUUUUUGAUCUGUUUCACUCCAUACCACAUUAUAUUGCUCAUACGGGCCAUUACCUUCCAUUUCCCCAAGCUGCAGGCUGAAUGUCACUUUGAACAUUACAUCUACACGCCCUACAAAAUCUCUCUGGGCCUGUCCACGUUCAACAGUGCCUUUAACCCCAUUCUCUAUGUGCUCUCCAGCAAUAAUAUCCGUAAGGAUAUCAGAAGUGGCGUGGCAGCACUGUAACGAGUCAUCUUGUGUCAGCGUUCAACACACAGUAGCCAGCACAACCUGCACAGUUCCAAAAGCAAUUCAGACCCCACAAAGGGGGGAUGAAAUGAGGACACGUUGUCCCAGCCCAAGCUAAAGCUUUUGUCAUUUGCUUAACAUGCCAUGAAUUGGAUUUGAAAAGUUGAAUGAUUAGAAAGGCAAUGUUCCCUCUGUACAUCAUCAUGCAGAUAGUUUUGUUUUGUGUGAACAACAUCACUGCAAAUAAGACAAAAAUCUUGUGAAAGCGCUAACUUCCUGUCAUUUUAUCUUGAGUCAAAGACAAAAGGAAAUCAUGGUAAUCACAUCUCUGUGGUAUUUCACACCUUCGUUGCUACUUCUGUCACAGAGUUUCCUUUAAUCUGUUUGCUCUGAACUUUUGAAUAUCUUACAUUUGACCCCUGCAUACAGGUUCUGACAUGUAAGAUUCUCUGGCCCAUAUUGAUGGGUUCAAGAUCAUCUUGCAGAUCUAGUCUUUUGAUAGUUGCACAAAGUCUGGUCCACUUUGCAGCUCGUUUUGGCCAAGAACUGCUCACAACAGACAGGAAGGGGCCAUUGACUGACAUGUAAAAUGGUCAAAACUGUUAGAUGUUACCAUGUUUUUUCUUUUUUCAAUAGUAUACUGACAGAUUAUUUUUCAUAGAAAUGCUCCGAUCAAACUCUCAAAAUCGGCCUAUGUGCACGUUAAUGCUAAUAAUUGCUAAAAAAAAAAAAGUGUAUGAAUUGAACACAUAAAGACAGAGGCUACAACCCCCAAUAAAAGACAUUGUGGGUUCAAUUGUAUUUAAUUACAAUUUGUUCCUGUAUUAAUUUGAUAAAAAGUAAUUCGCUGUAAUUAAUGAAUGAGGUCACAGAAAUUUCCCUUAAUGAAAUGCAUAUUACAGUUAAAUACUGUAUGAUUAUAUCAUAGUAAUUUACUGGGCAUUUUACUGUUAAUAGCACAGCAUCUUGGUCCACGAGCAAAUGUUCGCAAAAUACAGAAAAUUAGCGGAAAAUAUUUGUGAAUUUAUGAAAUUAUUUAUGUCCAUCUAAAUAGUAUUAAUAACAAUUAAUUCACAGACACAAGGCAGGGUAUGCAGCUUUGUUGUGGUUAUUGCUAUUGCUCCUCAAACACAAAGAUGCCCAUGGUAGUAUUGAAGCAAGUAUUGAAGGUAGUAUUCUUCCCCCGUUGACCUACAAAUACUUGUGACCUGUGCACCUUGACUUCCGAAAAUUGAGUAAAGCCAGCACAUCAGAUUGGAGCUUGCAAUUUUGGAAACUACUUGCCAUUUUUUUGUGCAAUAUGCAUCAGGCGUUCAGUGAACGUCUGUUGGCAUACCAUCUGAGGCUGGGACAAUGCUUGCAACAGUAUACAGUAUCAUUGUUUCAGGCUUAUUUAAUGAAACUGCAGUGUGUUUUUGACAGUAAAUUUAACGUAUUAAUGUUGAAUGGUAUGCUUUUUUAGUGUUGAUUGUUUUGUUUUUGAUGGAAGUUUCCAAGUUUUCCAUAUUUUUUUCAGUGGUUAAAUAUAAGUAUGCAAGCUUAAUUUAUAUAUAUAUAAUAUAUAAUUGUUCUAGAAUUUUAUAAUUGGUGUUUGUGGCAGGGUGGAGGGCGGUGCCGGGUCGUGAUGCUGCACACCCGGCCCCUAAUCAGGCUAAUCUUGCCUCCGAGAGGGAUAAAAGCCGACCGGAGACGGCAGUGCGACAGAGAGAGAGAUUUACAGACAGCUGCCCGACACCUGUGUGUGUUUUUGUCUUUUUGGUUCAGUUUAUUAUUAAACUAUUAUUUAUAUUGUCAAGCUGGUUCUCGCCUCCUUUCCA